AUUCAGGACCAAUCACAGUUGAGUUGACAUAUUUCAUGUUCAAGAGACGCUUUACAUGAAGAAUAUAGAGAAAAUGGUAAGAAGUCAAAGUAAAAGCCGGGAGAGAAAGAAAAGUGGACCUGAAAGGGGAAGAGAAAAGCACAGGAAGAAUUCGUCUUCAAGCAGUGACAGUGAUUCAGACAGCAGCUCAUCUUCUGGGUCCAGAAGAAGAUCCCGUUCAUCAUCCAGUGGCAGCGGCUCCAGUAGCAGUGGUAGCUCACGCAGCAGCUCUUCAAGGUCUGGAAGCUCCAGCUCCAGUCGGUCGUCCUCCAGCGAUAGCAGUCCCCGUAGGACAAGAGCCAAACGGAAGGCUUCAGAAUCCCCUAAAAGGAAAAAGCGGAGUCCCUCUCCCAUCAAACCUACCAAAGUACACGUAGGACGAUUAACACGCAAUGUCACCAAAGACCACAUCAUGGAGAUUUUCAGUGUGUAUGGACAGGUUAAACAUAUAGAAAUGCCAAUUGAUCGCGUCCAUGCAAGUUUCUCCAAGGGAUUUGCCUACGUGGAAUAUGAUAACACGACAGAGGCGGAGAAAGCCAUCAAAUACAUGAAUGGAGGUCAGGUAGACGGCCAGGAGAUAUCAGCUGCUGCUGUACUGGCACCACGACCUGUUAGACCGAGGAGAUCACCCCCACGCAGACCCCCUCCAAGGUGGAACAGACCAUCACCCCCUCGCUACAACAGAGACAGAAGGAGGUCACCACCACAACGGCGAAGGUCUCCUCCCCGUCGAAGAUCAAGGUCACCCGUCCGCAGACGUCGAUACAGCAGAUCAAGUUCAAGCUCAUCACGAUGAUCAUAAAAGAUCUAAUUUGUGUUAACACUGUGAAUCACAAAGACUCGGUGACCUAGGGGAGUAAAUGUGAUAGAUAAAAGUAUAAGAUUUUCACUGUGUAGCAGAUUAUGUUAACAAAAUCACAAGGAUUGAAAGACUGCACGGUGCGAGAAGAAUUGAAAAAUGUGAUGGGUUCACUUUGCAGCAGAUUCUGUUUUGAUAUUUGGAAUUCAUGGAGACCGAGAGAUUUGCUGUGGAAGAAUAAUCGAAAGUGUAAUGGAUGAGGUUUCACUAUGAAUGAGAUUAACAGAAGUUUUUUGUGUGCUAGAAUGUCGAAACUGCAUAGAUGCAUGUAAGGAAGAUUUCUUCAGUUCAGUGAAACUAUCGGGUCUAAUCCUCUUUCUAAACGAGCAAACUUGUUAAAACAACCGUGUCUCUUGUUCAACAGGAGUUAUUUUAUUUAAAAUUCCAUUGUCUUAUCUAUAUAUAUUGACUCCUUUCAAGAUUAUUCAUUACAUUGUGUGUCUGUUAUAUUCAAAUCAAUCGAACGUAGUGGUUUUGUGAAACAUAUGCGGUGUUAACGGAAGUAUUAUAAUGAAGCCAAUUUUAUUUUAUGACUUGAAAUUUAACAGCUAAGCAGGGCUAGAAACUAAGGAUAGCUCAAUGGUCUGAGACUUGUGAAAUGUGCAGAUGGACUAGUGGUUCCUACCAUUGCAACUGCUGGCCCGAUUGACUAGUCAAAAUUUUAUAUUACUCAUCAUAUUUAAUGAUGUUGGGUUAGUGGAAUUUUUAAAUGGACUAGUGAAAGUAAAAUCUACAAGCCCGAUUAUUAAAACUAAUUUCUAGCCUUGCGAAGAUAGCAGUGUACAGUAGGGCACUGUGGUCAUGGUAUAUGGUACAUUAAAUAAAAUCUACGUCUUCACAACAUUAGCUAGCUUUACACAAAGUAGAUUUUUGCACUUGGUACAUCUUGAAAUGCAAGUACCUCUUACUUAGUAGUUGUGGUUGUCAAAAAUAUUUUUUGGGGCAAUUUUUUUGUACCUUUCAAAAAAUCUGAAAUCUUUAAAAAUAUCAACAAAAUUUUCAAUACUGUGGUAUAUCAUAUAGACAUAUUUGUAGGUGUAUUGUGCAGGAUGUGUCCACAAUUUAUAUAGGAUCAGACCAUUCCUACUGUACACUGCUUCCUAAUCACAUGUCAGCCAUUCUUUUACCUUGUAGGACAUUUUCUCAUGAUGCUUUUGAAGUUUUUAAAGUCAUUCAUUGUAUUGUCAGGAUGUGUGUUUUUACUGUUUUAUUGUGAAGUUCAUGAAAGCAGGCAAUGUUAUUGCAUUGGGAUGAAAGUGAAACUGGUCGAUAAUUUGGGAAUGUAAGUAUUGCUGGUUUAAUAUAAUGUAAAUAAAUUUAUAAAAGUAUGAA